AUGAGGUCCAUGUGGGGUCAAGUCAGAACUUUGCUGUCCUCCUCCAUAUUCACUGGGGCCCCUCAUUGCUGCUGUCAGCUCCACAUCGGCCAGCGAGCCUCCCUCACUAAAGUCUUCUCCUCCCGCCAUGUGGAACUUUUUGCCGAGCUGACGGGUGAUACCAACCCCCUACACCUGGACUCGGCCUACGCGGCCACGACCUCCUUUGAGACGCCCAUCGUCCACGGCGUCCUCAUUAACGGGCUGAUCUCUGCUGUGCUGGGCACGAAGAUGCCAGGCCGCGGCUGCGUCUUCCUUUACCAGGAGAUCCGAUUCCCGGCGCCACUCUACAUUGGUGAGGAGGUGCUGGCCGAAGCUGAAGUUCGCAAGAUUAAGAUGUCGUUUGCUUUCAUUGCCGUGAAGUGUGCAGUCAAAGACAAAGUGGUAAUGGAGGGCGAAGUGAUGGUGAUGAUGCCUGAGGAGCAGCAGAGGGACGAAUGAAGGAAUGAAGGAAGGUCAGAUGUGACCUUGAUAACCUCAAGGUUAUCAAAUAUUGACAAAAACGGGAAGACGGUGUCAAGCUCCAUGUCCGUCAAGUUCAUUUGUGGCGUUUUUCUCACAUUUAUUGUUGUUACUGAUUUUUCGUCGAUUAAUGAUAGUACACUUAAAUCUCUACAUCAGUUUUCACAGAAUCGCAAGGAUGUUUUUUGUUUGUCUGACAUGCUUUGCAGUUUGCUUGCCUCACAUUAAAAACAAAAUAUUUUAAUAAUCUCCAAAUAAUCUCUGA